GUCACGUGACUUCCAAUAAGUGGUUCCUCCUGAGUUUCGCUUCUCCGCUGGCAGUGCUUAAGAGCCUCCUCGGCUUGCUUUCGCUUCACUCUGCUUCCAGCCAUGGCUGAGGUGGCCAGGGCGCCGUCGCUGCCGGUCCUCUUCGGCCUGGAAGAGGAGCUGACCUGCUCCAUCUGCCUCUGCCUCUUCGAGAGCCCAGUGACCACCCCCUGCGGGCACAACUUCUGCCUGCCCUGCUUGGAAAUGACCUGGGGCCCUGGGAAGGCCUCAGGCGAGGGCUUCAGCUGCCCCCAAUGCAGGACCCACUUCCACAGCCGCCCUGAGUUGAGGAAGAACACGGUGCUGUGCCGAGUGGUGGAGCAAUUCGAAAAGGAGCCCCGCAAGGAAGACCCAGGCCCCAAAACGGUGGAGAAGAAGCCCCCCCAGGAGAGUCCUGUGCCUUGCGACAGCUGCCUUGGGGCCCAAGCAGCCCAGACUUGCCUCAGCUGCAUGGCCUCCUUCUGCCAGGAGCACCUGCGGCCUCACCUGGAGAGCCCGGCCUUCAAGGGCCACCACCUGGUGCCCCCUGUGAGGGACCUCCACAGCAGGAAGUGCCCCGACCACGGCAAGCUCCUCGAGUUCCACUGCCAGGACCACGGCAGGUGCAUCUGCUGCUUCUGCUUGGUCACCCACAAGGCCUGCGACACCGUCCCCUUGGCCCAGGCCAAGGAGGAGAAGGAGGCGCAACUUAAAAAACGAUUGACGGAACUAUAUACACUGAAUGAAAAGGCUUCACAGUCUUUGGAUCAAGUACGAGCACAGCAGAAACAAACCAGUGAUACAGCCGCUCGGAAGUUGGAUUUGCUGAAGUCCGAGUUCCAGGAAAUAAAAGCUUUCAUUCAAGAAGAGGAAGAAGAGUCUGUGAAGAAAGUCCUCGCAGAGAAGCAAAGAGUCCUUGAUAAAUAUGAUUUUGUCUAUAAAGUCCUUGGCAAGAAGAGAAAUGAAAUCCAAGGGGAGAGAGACCAAAUUGAAAUGGCCUUGUCAGCUGGAGAUGACAUCUCUUUCUUAAUGAAAGCAACAAAAUUGCGGCCGAUGCAGAUCAAAGACGUAUUUAUCCCCAAAAUAGAGUUGGACCAAAAGGUGAUACAUGCUGUUUAUCAAAAGUCUUUUGGCUUGAAAGAAAACGUGAAACAAUAUUUGACUCAGCCUGAAGAAGGGAUCUCACAGGCAAAGCCUGGAAAAAAGAACCCAGGACCACAUGCUCCAAAACAAGACAGUGUUCCAUUGAAGCCUUCAGUGGACAUGGCUUCCAAGGAGGCAAAUGCUGCUUCUACUGCUGAAAACAAACAGGGAAGAAGAAGACCCGCUAGGCGCACACAAAGUCCCAACCAGAGAGCGCGGAGUUCUAGCAGGACAGUGCUGGAGACUCAGUCGGUAACCACCAUUCAAACCUUUUUAGAUAAAUCAAGAGAGGAACUUUUGGAAUUUGCUGUAAAAUUCUGUCUGGAUUUCAACACGGCCCAUAAGAAAGUGGUCUUAUCGGAGAAAAACACCAAAAUGUCUGUAUCAGAAACCCCCCAGAAUUACAGCCACCACCCACAGCGUUUCAGCUACUGCUCCCAAGUGCUGGGCUUCCAGUGUUUCAAGAGGGGCAUCCAUUACUGGGAAGUAGAGAUGGAGCAGAGCAACUUCUGUGCCAUUGGCGUCUGCUAUGGGACCAUGCCCAGGCAAGGAGCUGAAAGCCGCCUAGGGCGCAAUAACAGCUCAUGGUGCAUCGAGUGGUUCAAUACCCGGAUCUCUGCCUGGCACAAUGACAUCGAAAAGUGCCUGCCCAACACCAAGGUGCAGAAGAUUGGUAUCCUCUUGAAUUAUGAGGGUGGCUUCCUUAUUUUCUUUGGUGUCUCUGAGAAAAUGAUCCUCCUCUAUAAGUUCCGGGCACAGUUCACAGAAGCCCUCUACCCAGCCUUCUGGAUCUUCUCCGGCGGAACCACUCUUUCCAUCUGCUAGUCAAAGUGAAAGACCAGACAUGCAUCCCUUCCCAGUUAUAUAGGGCAUCCUUAUGCUAGUGCACCAUAUAUGUAUUGGAGCCCAGUUCUUUGUAUGACUUUCUUGAUUAAUGCCAAGCAAAGCUAUAUUUCAUGAAGUUUCUGUGCUUGCUUUUUGAAAGCCAAGGCUGUCAAAUCAAGGCCAUAGUCUACCAAGAACAGCACUCAGCCAAGCCUCUCUGACAUGACCUUAGUUAGACAACUUGGACUUCAAGUAAAUCACUUGUGAAAUCCUUAGUAGACAGUAGUUAGUGGGAAUAUAUGGUUUACUGUAUCCUUUGUCAUCCCUAAGAAAGGGCUGGUGGAGGUAUGCCAGAGCAAACAAUUAUUCUGUUUCUGCUUUAAGGCAUAAUUAGAAACACAGGGUAAUGGUGUCUGUCUCUUUUUCAUAGUCUGCACUAUUCACAGUUCUUUGCACCUAUAAGUCCAGGUGUAAAAGUAAGGUCCAUGGGGCCAGACGUGCAGUCAUUCAUUUACCCUCUUUCACUUGCAUGGAUCAAUCUUCUGAACACUUCAUGAUCGAUUAAAGUUGUGGGACUUUGCUUGUACUAUAAACUUAGUUAUAAUUCUACCGCAGGAGAUCACAAUCUACAGUAUCCCUGUGCCUCUGUUGUCUAGGAAAUUGAUAACUGGCAAGUGUAUCCAUAUAGAAGAGAGGGCAAAAAAUCUUAGCAUCAGGUGUCAGUGGUAAUGGGACACUUACAAAGCAACACAUUGAAUUCUGAAGCCUCCUUUGAUCUCCUGUGGUGUUACAAAGUCCCCAGCUGUUUUUCAGAUGCUUUGAAAGCUUUUUCAUCUUAGCGUCUGAUGAGAUAGAGAAAUCCCUGUAUGCUGUAUGAUAAGUCUCCUCAUUGCUUAAUGCAGUGCUUCAUUGUUCUGCAAGCUUAAGAAGCUGGAGCUAUUGAGGGCUUUGAAUAAUUGACAUGCACAGACAGGGAGUCUGAUGUGGAUGUGUGUUUUAUAUAUUAAAACACACCAUCACCAUCUUGACCAUUUUAAGUGUACUUCUCUACUUGGGAGGAACACGCUGUUGUUCUACUGGUAUUUGUAGAAUUUGGAAGAAUGCUGUGCCUCUGCUGUGGGCAUUUGCAAUAUUUUCAAUGCCAGAAGGAUACAAUGAGUGGGAAUGUGGAAGGCUUGUCUUGAAGCAUAAAAGUUCAGGGCAAGAUUGGAGCUCUGCUUUACUCAUCCUUGUUGGAAGUGGUUUAGAUCUCAUUUGCCACAUGCAGGUCUCCAAGUCUUCACUAACAUGUGGCUUAGAGCAGAUACUUAAAAUCACUUACCUGAUUUAUAAGGAAUGUGAAAAGUCUAUUAGUGUCACAGAGUUAAUCAUGUUUCUAAGCCAUUCUUCCUAGUUGGCAUUUUAGCAAUUAACAUGGGAACUGUCUUUUUAACAUUCACAUACUGGGCACCUAUCUGUGAAGGGGUGAAGGAUUGCAGACUCUUGGACGACUUUAUUUUAGCCUUCUUGGAAGUGAUGUUUUUUCCCACUUUGGAAGGUGAUACAGUCUGACUCCAAUAAUUGAAAACAACUUUGUUGUUUUCUUCUCAAGGCAGAGGUACAACACAUUAGAAACAUUGCCAAGGAUAUACUAACUUAUUUCCCUUGGACUUUGCACUAGUAGGAAUGAGCACUGUCUUCUCUUUCUUGGAUCAGGGCAUAGAGAACAGAAAAUACGUUUGACCCAAAUGUGCUCACCUUUUCAGGAAUCUUCAGGAAUCAUGACCUACUGCAUUGAUCUUUUUGGGGUAUUUAGAGAUGAGAGAACUAUUGAGAAUGUAGAUCAAGUAGGUUCCUCACUAAUAUAGCAAACCCAUCCUUGGUGUUCAGAAGCUGCAGGGUGCUAUUGCCUCUGUGAUGAAGCUUGUGAUAUUUCUUACAGGAUUUAAGGAUUUCUUUCCUUCAUGAAGAAGGGAAUGUUAUUCUCUGUGACUUGGUAAGGCUUGUUGGCUCUUUUGUGGAGCUGCCCUUGAGACCACUUUUGCCCCAAAGGAAGUCUCAUGAAACUUUCUUCCUGCAAAUGAUCAUUGAGAUUUAGGCACACUUGUCUGUGCUUAAAAAAAUCUCAGAAGAUCCAAAGCACAGUGGAUCUGAUUUCUCUUUUCCAAAGGUUGUUGAAUCUGGGAUGCGUUCACUGUGGUGACUUAGCGAGCAUCUUGGAGUCCUUGUGCUACGGUUGUGAUAGAUCUUUCUAACCAGUUAUACUCUUACAGUUAUACCGAAGAAAAGAUAACCUCGGUUUAUCUCAUCACAAUAUGGAAUAAUUGGCCAUAGGAUAGUUGACUCACAAGAUAAAACAUAUUGGGUUUCAUCAGAAGGGAGCCAAAUCUGUCUUCUGGGAUUUUUUUUCUGACUAGGUGAAACUUGUUUAAAAAGUAAUGCUAUCUGAUGUAUCCAUAUUUGGAUGGAUACAGAGUUAACUUUGUUAUGAUGUUGGAGAUUUAACAUUUUGACAGGUUUUUCCACAUACAGAAUGGAUUAAAAGCAAUCUCUGUGUUACCAGUGCUGUUGGUGUAAAUCGUUACAGCACAUAGGGAUGAUUGAACUGAAGCACAACAUAAAACAUUGAAAAUUUAAAAGCCUAGGUGCUUCACUGUGUGAUUUUCAAAAUGAUGUAUAACUACAGAAUGUCUAGCAAUUGAAAAGUAUGUAUACUGUAUCUACAGAAUAUCUGGCAAAGAUUGUGAAUGAUUACAUUGAUCCAUUGGUGAUUUUAAGAAAUUCAGAUUAGAAGUAAAUAACAAAAAAAGACUCUUGUUGUUAAGAGUUUGUUUUUCUCUGUUUCAAUCCUGUCUUUUGCCAUCUCUGAUUGUGACAAAUGUAAUGUAGCUGAGGCUGCCUGGCCAUGCAGUGCUUCCAUUCUCAUUCAUUGAACGUUCAAUAAAUUCUGAUUGUUAUCGUUA